AUGGUCUUACUUUCAUCUAAAACUCUCAUCCAGGCCCAUGCUGUGCUUCUGGUUGUUAUUGCUGGGUAUCUCAUCAAAAGCCCAGAGGUGAUCACCGAUUCCAACAUUGUGUUUAUGAUGGGAGAAACCUUGAAAGUCGAUUUCCCUCCGGCUACAAGUCCCCUCACCUCACCCUUCGUAUACUGUGCCAUUUUCAUCUUCGCCGAAGCCUUGGUCGACAUCUUCCUUCUGGCCAGUCUACCCUUCCACAACGCAUUGGAUGAAGCCCUCCCUUAUAUUCGACCCCUCCGAAACCCGAACCUCGCUUCCGAGGAUCUCCGGGCUUUGGAGAAGCUGCCGCAUUAUAUCACCAAGUCCCUGACUAUUUACUGGAAUGUGUGGAUCAACGUGGCCCUGGCUCGCAUUAUCGUCUAUGCCAGCAUUGCGGCCUUUAUCUACUCUGGCAAGGACUCAUUUGUCGCAUCCUCUUAUACUUCGGCGGCGACCUCGGCCGGCCUUGACCGGUUGAAGAACCGUGCAGUCUUUACUUUCGGAUUUAUGGAGAUGAUGGUGUGGUUCUAUGUAUUCGUCACUCUCCGUGAGGAGCGACAAGAGCGCAUGACCAAGUUGCUUGAGGACGCCAAGGAAAGCUAA